AUGUUCCAGCCCACAGCCAAGCGCGGCUUUACCAUCGAGUCUUUGGUAGCCAAGGACGGCGGUACUGGAGGGGGUACUGGCGGCGGGGGCGCAGGCUCCCAUCCCCUGGCGGCGACCGCCUCGGAGGAGCCGCUCCGGCCCACGGCGCUCAAUUAUCCUCACCCCAGCGCAGCCGAAGCGGCCUUCGUGAGCGGCUUCCCCGCCGCCGCGGGCGCCGGCCGCUCGCUCUACGGCGGUCCCGAGCUCGUAUUCCCCGAGGCCAUGAACCACCACGCGCUGACCGUGCACCCGGCGCACCAGCUGGGCGCCUCCCCGCUGCAGCCCCCGCACUCCUUCUUCGGCGCCCAGCACCGGGACCCUCUGCACUUCUAUCCCUGGGUGCUGCGGAACCGCUUCUUCGGCCACCGCUUUCAGGCGAGCGACGUGCCCCAGGACGGGCUGCUUCUGCACGGCCCCUUCGCGCGCAAGCCCAAGCGGAUCCGCACGGCCUUCUCGCCCUCGCAGCUGCUGCGGCUGGAGCGUGCCUUCGAGAAGAACCACUACGUGGUGGGCGCCGAGCGGAAGCAGCUGGCCGGCAGCCUCAGCCUCUCCGAGACGCAGGUGAAGGUGUGGUUCCAGAACCGGAGGACAAAGUACAAGCGGCAGAAACUGGAGGAGGAAGGGCCCGAGUCGGAGCAGAAGAAGAAGGGUUCCCACCACAUCAACCGGUGGCGCAUCGCCACGAAGCAGGCCAACGGGGAGGACAUCGACGUCACCUCCAAUGACUAG